AUGAACGCUGGUAGUGGUAGUCGCUUUGUAGCCACUCCGCCGCCCAACCUGCCGCUCUCUGAACGUGAGUCUGCAGAGACGGAAUGGUCGGAGGAGCCAAUGAGCCCUACGGGAAGACUCAUGGAAGAUGUUGGCGUCCACAUCGUCGCCAUGUUGGGCCUUGGAAUACCACUGAACCUACCCGUCUUCCGUGCUGGCAUCGAAAAAGAAUUACUUCCCCGAUACCCGCGGUUCUCCAGUAUUCAAGUAAUGGAUGAUUCCACCGGUGGCAAGCCGAGAUGGGUGCGAACGACGGUAAACCUGGACGACCACAUCAUGGUCCCAAAGGUCAAUCCUACUGCAGUGGCCUCUGACCCUGAAAAGGCCGUGGAGGACUAUGUGGCAGCGCUGACCACGGUCCCGAUGGAUAGGCGCCGCCCGCUCUGGGAUUUCCACUUCCUCGACUUCCCAACCUCCAAGGCCACCUCUACCAUGGUGCUCCGCAUACACCACUCCAUCGGCGAUGGAAUGUCAUUCAUGACGCUCUUCGUAGCAUCGUCCUGCAGCACAGAUGACCCGUCUAAGCAGGCGGCCAUGCCACCGCCGCCCAAGCGCACUGGCCCAAUCUACCAACGGCAGCCACGGCCUCCGCUGUCAUCAGGCAAGGCGUUGCUCAUGUGGGCUUUUUCGUAUCUUGUGCUGGCGUGGCACACGCUGGUGGACGGUGUGUUGCUUGUUGCAACUGUAUUGUUCUUAUGUGAUCCACGCACGCUCUUCACCCGUGCGGACAGAGGCAGGAAGGCUCACCUCUGCAAGCGCUUUGUGCAUCGGAGCCUUAGCCUCGACGACAUCAAGUUCAUCAAGAAUGUCGUCAAUUGUACAAUCAAUGACGUGCUAGUCGGUGUUACUUCAGCAGCUAUUUCACAAUAUUACUUUCGGAAGUCCGGCGACAUUAACACUAAGAAAAUUUGUUUGCGGUCAUUCCUCCUUGUCGACGCAAGACCAGUCUCUAGCCGACAAACAUGUGUUAGCAAGGUAGAGACAGGGAAUCGAUUUAGCGGCCUCAUCUGCCCAUUUCACAUAGCCUUGCACGAUGAUCCCCUUGAGCAUGUUCGGAGGGCAAAAAGGCUCAUGGAUAGGAAAAAGAACUCUUUAGAAGUGAUGCUCACACGACUGGUUGGUGAGUUCUUGGUGAAAUACCUUAGUGUAAAGAUCGGAGCUUUUUUCUUGCGCCUCUUUCUGACACGUACAACCAUAAUGUUAUCAAAUGUCGUUGGGCCAGCUGAACAUAUAACCUUAUGUGGGCACCCAGUUGUCUUCAUGGCAGGUAGCGUCUACGGGCAACCACAAGCUCUGACCGUGCACUACGAAAACUAUGGUAACACCAUUGAGAUAACUCUUGCAGUUGAUGAUGUACAAUUUCCAGAUUGUCAUCAACUUUUGGAUGAUUUUGGUGAAUCAGUCAGGCUUAUUAAGGAUGCUGCCAGUCUCCAUAUAGUAAAAUGA